AUGAAUUUAUCACCAUUCAGAUUAAGUACCCGGUUUUCAACAGCCAUCAGACCUUUGGCGGCCACAAGACCUUUGACAGCCACAAGACUAUAUAGUAGAGGAAACUAUAAAAGGUUCAAUCAACAAUCAACUUUCAAUUACCAAACUUUAUUCACAAAUAGGUAUUUUGGAGGUACAAUUCUUGGUUUAUUAGGUUUCUAUCUAUACAAUCAAGAUGAAGCUCCAUAUACUAAAAGAAGGAGAUUCUUAUGGAUCCCUAGUUGGUUGGAGUUAAGAAUUGGAGAUAUGAGCUAUCAGCAAAUUUACUUACAAUACAGAUCUAGUAUCCUUCCUAAGAGUGACCCUAUAUAUAGAGAGAUUCGAGGGAUUGUAGACAGAUUGUUGAAAAGUGCCUUUGAACAUGAAUUCUCAGAGGAGAAGAUUCGAUACUUAAAGUCACUCGAUUGGGAGAUCAAUAUCAUUAACGACAAUUCACCUCCCAACGCUUUUAUCCUCCCCAAUGGUAAGAUCUUUAUCUUCUCAUCCAUCUUAGGAAUCUGUAAAGAUACUGACGGGAUAGCUACUGUGCUUUCUCAUGAAUUAUCACAUCAAUUAGCCAGUCAUUCUAUGGAGCAAAUGAGUAAACAGCCUAUUUACAUGGCUUUAUCAACAUUUUUGUACUUAGCCACAGGAAUCUCAUAUUUCAAUGAUUUAUUGAUAGCAGGUUUCUUCCAAAUGCCAGCCUCCAGAGAAAUGGAAAGUGAAGCUGAUAGAAUAGGUUGUGAAUUAAUGGCCAAAUCAUGUUUCGAUAUUUAUAAAAUCCCUGGUUUCUGGGAAAGAAUGAAUAGUUUAGAGAAAAAACAAGCUCCGAGAUUUGAAUUCUUAUCAACUCAUCCUAAUAAUGAUAAGAGAAUUAGAGACAUCAAGUCUUGGAUGGGAGACUUAGAGAACAUCAGAGAAUCUUCCAAUUGUAAUCAAUUAUACAAUUUCUUUUCUAUGUAG